UCCACUCUCUCUCCCUCUCUCUCUCUCGGCUCCUUGGCCGUGGUUCUUCCCGGCAGCACGGAGCAUCUCUCUAGCAGCAACUCAAGGACUCGUGCGACCAUCUCGACGCGCAACAGAAGGUUCUCUCUCUCUCUCUCUCUCUCGUACAGAACAUCGGACCAUACAGCUCGCAGGACAACUUUCACUCGCGUUAUUACGCAUGGCUUUGCGCAAAAGCGCGACUGUGACGACGUGUUGGAAAAAACUGAUGGGAUUCUAAGAAAAUCGAAAAAGAGCAACAACAAGCUAGAAAGACGAAUUAAGGAUUUUUAAACGGCGCAUUCUCAUUUUGCCUAUAAUGCUCCCCACAAGCAUAACGGGAUACGCUCCUCUUGUCGUAUAACUAUACAGCUGUAGGUGCACGUCCGACGCGUAAUCGCGCAUCUAAAAUUACACAGAGAUGGAUCUGUGGGGAGUUUACCUGUUUCAUCUCAUAACUUUGGCUCUUCUAGAGGUUAUACUGGCAGGAAGAGACUGCUUGGUGGCAGGAGACUCGUGCUCGAGUGAUGAGACCUGUAGUCCACGUUUACGGACUUUGCGUCAAUGUGUGGCGGGCAAUGGCAGCAUGAAGCUUGGUCCUGGUGCCAGGAGCCAGUGUGCCAACGCAGUGUCUGCCCUACUGUCCAGCCCACUGCAUGGCUGCCAGUGUAAACGAGGCAUGAAGAAAGAGAAGAACUGCCUGAGCAUCUACUGGAGCCUUCAUCAGUCUGUUAUACAUGGCCUCAACCUGGUGGAACGUUAUCCCUAUGAGACUGUGCAGCGGGAUUAUGACUAUGUCCGCUUAGCCUCUAUUACAGCCGACUCUGAUGCUGGCAUGACAACUGUAAAUCGCUGCCUGGAUGCAGCCAAGGCUUGCAAUGUUGACGACUUGUGCCAGAAGCUGCGCACAGAAUAUGUCUCAGCUUGUAUCAAACCCACUGCCAAAUCCGGCCUGUGCAACAGGCCCAAAUGCAACAAGGCUCUGCGCAGGUUCUUUGACCGCGUUCCUGCCGACUACACACACGAGCUGCUCUUCUGCCCCUGUACGGACACAGCGUGCGCAGAGCGUCGGCGACAGACCAUCGUGCCCAGCUGCUCCUAUGAAAGUGUGGAAAAACCCAACUGCAUCACACAGAUGAGAGCCUGCACUGCUGACUAUGUCUGCAGAUCUCGUCUGGCACAAUUUCAAUACGAUUGCGAACCCUCUAAAAUGUCGGCGAGUGGUUGCAAGCAAGGGAACUAUGCAGCCUGUCUACUGGCUUACACGGGUCUGAUCGGAAGUACAAUAACGCCCAACUACGUGGACAACGCCACGUCCAGCGUAGCUCCUUGGUGUUCCUGCUCAGCAAGCGGGAGCCAGAGAGAGGACUGUAAUAAUUUCCUGGGAUCUUUUACCGACAACAUCUGUCUUCGGAAUGCGCUUGUGAUGUUUGGAAGCGAAUCGGCCCAGCAGCCAACUCUCGGCCAAUCGACUACGCUGAGCCCGACCCACAGCAGCAAAGAGAACAGGAGUAAUACGUCUCCUCCAGAAACCAUAGAGACGACAAGGAACCCACUGGAUGCAAUAUUACCCACGCAUGUCCUGGGAAAUGAACUGCUCAUUGGCCAAUCCACCCUGCCGUCCAACAGCCUCCCAAACUGUGCUUCGUCCCCCAUCAUAAUGCUUCAAGCUGCCUUCAGCCUUCUGCUGCUGCUCUUUCAUCUGCUCAACAAUGGACACUAAAGCCUGCAGGGGACGCUUGUAAAGGACCCUCCCAGUACCAAGCAGAUGGGGGGACCAGUGCAGUUCAGAGGAAAAUGGACCGUGUGGCAUUACGCCUCCCUUUAAAUAUGUACAGCUAUUCUGUUUUUCUAUUUUUGUGUCUAAGUGGUCCAGUUGCUACUGCCAGUGUUCUCCCCCAGUGUGUGGGAGACGUCUGCAGAUGGAGGCCAGUCUGUACAUGUGUACAUUACUGUUAGGAUCAAGUCAAGCCAAAAUGUAAUCAGAGUACAGCUUUUGUGGACUAAUGCAGCACUCAGCUUUUCAACUGUAUCUGUCUUCAAGAGUUAUUAUGAAAAUAUCAAUGUAUGAUACAGGAAAAAUACAUGAAGAAUAUAUGUAACUGUGAAGACUUGUAUUAUCAGCAGAGGUCGUUGGUGGUUGGUAAACCAGUGACUGGCUGCUGUGCACUCAGCAAACGAAGUGACUGGAAAGCUGCUGGGGUUCAUAGAGUGGUUAACACUUUCCUCAAGUGAAACAGUGAAAUAAGGGACAAUUUUUAUGGCCAAUACUGGAGCAAUGAAGCAAAUGAGGACAGAAAGACGACACAGUUUAACACCCAGGACAAAGGAAGAGAGAAGAGUCCAGCAGCACUAAGUAGAAGAGAUGCACUCUGCUGCAACCCAGACUAUUUAAGAUAAGACUUGACAUAAUAAUCAUCCUCACGUCAAGACUGUUGCCACUUCUUAAGCUCCCUCACACCACUAGGCUAUUUGUUAAUGCUAAAGCUACAGUAGCUACUCAUACAAAAUACACGUCCUUGGUUUUUAUCAGCAAAGAUACGUUCUUGGACUUGAAAGCAAGCAAUCAAAAAAGCAGUAACGCUUCACCUGCAGCUGCUGUACCUUUGUGUCUGUGAGCGUAAUAUCUUUUCAGUUCUCAUUGUGUAUGUGAACAUUGCUCUAUGGGGCUUGGAGUUUUUGUGCCAGAGAGGGAAGUGAAUAGAUUGAAUUACUGUAUUGAGCUUUGCCAACAGCAUUGAAGAACCUGUUUGAGAUUAGACAGUUAUGAAUGAUUCAGUAUUUUCUGUUCUGAGGCCUGUGCAAGUGAAUUCUGCAAAGGCCAGAGGUGCUGCAAAUAAAAGUUCUCAGAUCGUUAUGUUUACA